UCUGCUUCUUCCACCUUUCCCUCAUCGACAAUACCAUCCCCUACAUACUCAACUCACUUAGACACCAGACUGAACCAAGACACCAAUGGCUGCCAAAUACGGUGAUCUCAGUCAUCUCCUUCCCGGGAACUACAAACGCCUCAUCAGCGCUUGGUUGGAAGAGGACUGUCCCAGCUUCGACUAUGGCGGCUUCGUCGUCGGGGAAUCCGAGGGCGAGGCCCGUCUACUAGGCAAGAGCAAAGGUAUCAUUGCAGGUGUUCCGUUCUUCAAUGAAGUCUUUGCGCAACUUGGAUGCACAGUAGAGUGGCAUCUUCCCGAAGGCUCCCUCACCACCACCUCAUCAGCAUCCACCACCGACCCUAUCAAGACCCACUGCGCCACCGUCCGCGGUCCCAUCCGCAAAAUCCUCCUCGGCGAGCGCGUCGCCCUAAACAUUCUCGCCCGCUGCUCCGGAAUUGCCACCAAGUCCGCCGCCUUGGUCGCCGCCGUCCGCGCCCAGGGCUGGACCGGCACCCUGGCCGGCACCCGCAAGACCACCCCGGGCUUCCGCGUCGUCGAGAAGUACGGCAUCCUGGUGGGCGGCGCUGACCCCCACCGCCAUGACCUGAGCGCCAUGACGAUGCUGAAGGAUAAUCACGUCUGGGCCUGUGCCAACAAUCGGGCCGCGGCGGACGGCGGGGUGCAGGACGGCGGAGCCUCGUCGAUUGCGGCCGCUAUUCCGCGCGCCGUCGACGCCGCCAAGGCCGUCGGGGGCUUCGCGACCAAGGUGGAGGUCGAGGUGCGGGAUCUCGAGGAGGCGAAUGCUGCGAUCGCCGCCGGGGCGGACGUGAUUAUGCUGGACAAUUUCACGCCGGUGGGUGUGCGCGAGGCUGCGAGGCAGCUCAAGUCGGAUUGGGCGGGUAAGCGGAAGUUUUUGAUUGAGGUCAGUGGCGGGUUGACGGAGGAGAAUGCCGCGCUGUAUGCUUGUCCCGACGUCGACAUCUUGUCCACUAGCUCGAUUCAUCAGGGUACCGGCAUCGUGGACUUCUCUUUGAAGGUCUCUUUGCGGUAA